AUGUCAACAUUCUCCAUCCAAGCGUUUUAUCAAAAGGAGCCCCUGCCUUCGUCAGAAAUCACCCUGGCCAUGAAGUCAUCAACGAAUGAUGUUGCUUUCACACAGGCAGAGGUCGAGGCCGGACAUAACCCUUUGAAGCGUCCAUGGAAUCCAACAGAGGUCUACGAAAAGGUCUGUAUCGGCCAUAUCCAACCGGGCCCAACCUGCAUCCGCUUCACUGGUCGCAUUGUCAACUACGCUGCGGCUUUCCUUGGCACCAAGAACACCUAUAGCCGUCCGGCACAUCAGUUAGUUGUCGCAGAUGGCACCGGCGCUAUAGGGGUCAGGCUUAUUCCUAUUGGCAUACCGGCCUCUCUUUUGAUUAUAGGAAAGCUCGUCACCGUCUGGGCUAGUUGGGCAAGUACCGCGGCCGGUCCGAAUCAUGGGAACAUUCCCUUUGUGACGAUGUACACGCCAAUCAACCCGUCAGACGCAGGUACGAAACAGUUCAUUCAGUUCUUGCCCGAUACUCCACAGAACCAGCGACUGUGCCGGGCCCCCCUAGAGUAUGAUGAUAUCGACACGCAGAACCCGAAGCCGCUCCCUGGCCUCAUGACUCUAGGCCAAUACCUCAAGACAGGACAUGACAUCCAGGGAGCUCGCAUCUUGGUCUGUGUCAAGAACGUCGGCGCCCGCAAACUUAUCAUGAUACAAGACCGCACGAGAGAGGUUGCGCUGCUCGAAAUUACAGUUUAUGACGACACCGCCAGCUGCGUCCUGACUCUCUGGGAGGACAAAGCCAAUUCCGCGAAGCUAUGGAAGCCCAGCGAAACAAUUCUGCUUCUUACGAGUCCAAAGCUCGUGCCUCCGCGAGACACGAAGCCAAUGCAUUGGAGCGCAGGCAUCAGCCUAAACUACAACACACUCGUUGAUGUUGAUCCAGACUUCCAGGAUGCCAAGUGGCUUCGAGAAUGGGUGAAGAACAGAGUCAGGAAGGAGGGCGUGUAUUUGUCUUUCCCGAAAGGCCUCUGGGAUGCAGAGAACGCUGUUCAUGGUCCCUUCCGGCCUCUUUUUACCCUUGCCGAAGUGGACGACUUCGCCCGUAGCGACCCGGACACGGACUUUACCGGCAAAUUGAAUCUUGCCAUUCUUGAGUUCAACCUGCUGGAGCUCCAUCGAAGAGAUAUGAUGUGCAGUGCAGAGUGGUGA